AUGAAGCUUCGAAACGUAUUCCAUCUAGCUGCCGUGUUGGUUGGUACUGGUGCUGUCGAUGCUUCGUUAUACCGCCGUGACUACGAUGCCCAUGAUUACUUUGCAGUUCAACUACACUCUUCGGUAUCGCCGGCCCAGGUAGAACAAUUGUUAGGAGUUCAGCAUGAAGGCCAGAUAGGGGAGUUGGAAGGUCAUCAUACCUUCUCUCUACGAAAAGGACAAGGUGUGGAUGUGGAUGAAAUGCUAGAAGACCUACAGAAGAGGUCCCGUCGUCGAAGAUCGUUAGAAGCUCGUGGAGAAUUUGCUGGAAUAGACGGACUGGAUGGAAUAUUAUGGUCUGAAAAACUGACACCAAAGAGACGCCUACAAAAACGAAUCCCUCCUCCCAGGCCGGAAUCCGAAUCUAUCGUGCUCAACCAACGUCGACCUGACCAAACUCCAGACCCUGGCGCUCAGUCGAGGCAAGAUGAGAUUGCAAACACGCUAGCCAUAUGGGACCCAAUCUUUAAACAGCAGUGGCAUCUUUUUAACACUCUAUACCCGGGAAAUGACCUUAACGUUACGGGUCUGUGGCUUGAAGGAAUUACUGGGAACGGAUCUAUUUCUGCUAUUGUUGACGAUGGCUUAGAUAUGUACAGCAAUGACCUGAAGGAUAAUUACUUUGCGGCAGGCUCCUAUGAUUUUAACGAGAUGCAUUCAGAGCCUCGACCGUUGUUAGACGAUGAUAAGCAUGGGACCAGAUGUGCUGGCGAGGUUGCAGCUGUCCGCAACGACAUUUGCGGCGUUGGCGUUGCAUAUGAUAGCAAGGUUUCUGGAAUUCGUAUUCUAUCAAAGGCUAUUAAUGAUGCGGAUGAGGCUGUUGCGGUCAAUUAUGGAUUCCAGGAGAAUCAAAUCUAUUCUUGUUCAUGGGGCCCGAUCGACGAUGGCAGGACGAUGGAUACACCCGGUAUUUUGGUCCGUCGAGCCAUUGCCAACGGGAUCCAAAAGGGCCGCGGUGGAAAGGGCUCUGUUUUCGUUUUUGCUGCUGGCAAUGGAGCGGGCCACGGAGAUAACUGCAACUUUGACGGUUACACCAACAGUAUCUUCAGCAUAACUGUGGGUUCCGUUGAUUGGAAUAACGAGCAUCCAUACUAUUCCGAGUCGUGCUCUGCGCAGCUGGUUGUGACAUAUAGCAGUGGAGGUGGCGGAUACAUUUAUACCACGGACGUUGGUGCCAAUGUCUGUUCAUCACAGCAUGGCGGAACAUCUGCUGCUGGCCCCUUGGUGGUUGGUGUCAUGGCACUUGUUCUCCAGGUUCGUCCGGAGCUGACCUGGCGUGAUCUACAAUAUUUACUUGUUGAAACUGCCGUUCCUAUCAAUGAAACUGCUCCAGGGUGGCAGACCACCAGCAUUGGAAAGAAGUUCAGCCACGAUUUCGGCUACGGCAAGGUUGACGCAUAUACCACGGUCCAUUUGGCUAAAGAGUGGAAACUCGUUAAACCGCAGGCUUGGUUCCACUCGCCGUGGUUGAAAGUUUACCAUGACGUUCCCCAGGGCGACAAAGGACUUUCCACUUCUUUUGAUAUCACGACAGAGAUGCUUAAGAAAAACAACCUAGAGAGAGUUGAACACGUAACCGUCACUAUGAAUAUCAACCAUACUCGCCGCGGUGACCUCAGUGUUGAGCUUCACAGUCCAAGUGGUGUAAUCAGUUAUCUGAGCACCGCUCGGCCUCAGGAUGAUGAAAGGGCUGGAUACGUUGACUGGACAUUCAUGUCUGUUGCUCACUGGGGUGAAAAGGGAGUAGGAAACUGGACUGUUAUUGUUAAGGAUACUGUGGUUAAUGAAUAUAACGGCACAUUUGUUGAUUGGCGAAUUACUCUAUGGGGAGAGUCAAUCGAUCCCAGCAUUCAAAAGCUACACCCCUUACCUGAUGCCCACGAUCACGACCAUGACACCAGCAUACCAGCCCCCCACGUCGGUACAACCACUGUUACGCCAGGACCAACCAAGACAAGCCCUCCAUUCCGUCCUACUGACAACCCCGGCCGGCCUACACGACCAAAACCCUCUGGUUCCACUACACCGUCUUCUGCUGCUGCCGCCACAUCCUCGCCCUCCGCGGGAGCUGAAAACUUCCUUCCAUCUCCUUUCCCAACCUUUGGUGUCUCGAAACAUACCCAGAUCUGGAUAUACGGCUCUAUCGGCCUAAUUCUCAUUUUCUGCUCUGCACUAGGCGUAUACUUCUGGAUUCAACGUCGAAAACGUAUCCGCAACAAUCGCAAUGAAUACGAAUUCGAGAUGGUGGCAGAGGAGGAUGAAGGAUUUCCACUCAGUGGUGCUGGUGCCGGAGGCAAAAAACAUACACGCCGCGGCGGAGAGCUCUACGAUGCAUUCGCGGGAGAUAGCGAUGAUGAAGAUCCUCUUUUCAGUAGUGAAGAGGAAGAUUCUCAUGAGUACGUGGAUGGAGUUGAUGACGAUGACUCCUAUCAUGAUGAUGAUGGACCGGAAACUACCACCCCGGAACCCACAGCUAGACCCGAAAGGUCAUAA